UCCCGACAUCCAACAAUCCACCCAAAUUCUUCGUUGUUGCACUCUGGGCAACCGAAAGAUCACACAAUCAAUAUAAAGGAUCUAAUGAUCCGGAGACACCACCCGCAAGGGUCGGAGGACACACGUCAUGGACCUCAUCCUUGAGGACAUUGGAGGGAUUGAUUGGGUGGCCACCUGCGUCGCGCAAGCAAGGAUGGUCACGAGGUUCUUCAAGCGCCGAAGCCAUGCGCGAGAGGUUCUGGAGGCGUUCACGAAGAAGAGUCUGUUGUUGCCAGCAGAAAGCCACUUCGGAACGAAUGUGAUCAUGAUCAGGAGGCUUCUGGACUUGGAGUCCGAGCUGAUGCAGGUGGCGGUGGACAGUUGCUGGCGUGAUACAGUGUGGUCGACGACGAAGAUUCGGAAGGACGCGGUUGAGGUCAUUGCAUGUGUUGGGUCACCUCCGUGGUGGGAGGAUUUGCUAGCGCUAUGUAAGUUGCUGGAUCCCAUCAUGAACAUGUUGAAGAUGGUGGACAUCGACACGAGGCAGAUUAGCAAGAUUUUGCGUCAUUACGAGUAUAUGAUCGCAGUUUGCUUGUAUGUCUGUGCUGAUAUUGAUCGGGAGCAGCAGGAUGUUGUGCUGGAGGUGUUCGACAGGUGGCGGACCAUGUUCAAGACCCCUGCUCACAUAGCUGCCAUGAUGUUGGAUCCUGAGUUCAGACACCGCACGCUGGUCGACGACGUAGAGGUUCAGACAGGAGGAGACACAGGGGGGGGUGCUCGUGGAGGUGGAGGCCGCGGAGGGCGUGGACGAGCUGGUCGACGCGGAGUUGUGCGUACAGGGUCCGUCAGUCUUCGACCACAAGCGGAUGAGGUCAUCCGCAAAGCACGUCACCGUUGGGACGAGGGCAACUUCUUGUACGCGAGCUCGUCCAGUGACGAUGAUGAUUUUUUCGCGUUGCGCACACCGGUUACGAGAGACGACGACACGGAGGGAGCACACCAUUUGCCACCCGCCCACGAUGAUAGAGAUGGCGAUGAACGGGAUGCACAAUAUUUGCCACCUGGCCACGAUGACAGGGAUGGCGAUGGAGAGGGUGUGGAGGGGUCACCACAUGCCCAUGAUAACGGGGAUGGUGAUGGAGAGGGUGCACACCAACCGCCACCCGCCCACGAUGACAGGGAUGGAGAGGGUGCACACCGGUCAGCACCCGCAGGCGGCACCACUGCCAUGGACAUCGACCCCAAUGUACAGGACGAUGGAGGUGACUCUGAUGACAGCGGUGGCGACGGUGCUCCACGACCUGGUCAUGGUGUUGUCUUGAAGCGCCCGAAGCGCGGACCGAGGAAGACGGACACCAUCGCUUCUCGCGUGAGUAGACGUCAUGGCGGGGGUUCCACCAUUGCAAUCCCCCACGUCCUUGGCGACGAGCAUGUUGUCGUGUCUAAGGACUCCAUGAGCGACGACGCGAUUGAGGAGCUCGACACCGGUGAUGCUGCCGUUGCUCGCCCACAAGGUGAGACGGUGAUUCUCCAGGAGACAACCACGUCCGCGAUUGAGCUCCAGCAGGGCACCAGUACUGAUGUUGGGGAUGAGGUGCAUCAGGCCAAUGCACCUGCAUCUAGUGACGGGCAGAAGGCAGAGCCCAGAGGGAAGAGACGCGGCAGUGUGCUUAUCGUCCAUGAUGACAGCUCUGACGUCCAGGUUUUGGAUGUGGCAGAGCAGGCAACUUCAGCAGUGUCUUUGUCUGCUUAUUUCCUUCUCAGAAACCUGGCCUUUUGUGCUGAAAACAAGGCCCGUUUCAUCUCUGACCCUCGACCGACAAGAUUGCUUGUGCAGGCUGCGCUCCGAAACCCUGCUCUUGAAAUAAGGCUACUUGCAUCAUCUGCAAUAUGGAGCCUGUUGUGGAAUGGACAGAGAGUGGCAGCGUUUCUAAAGCAGGACGGGGGAAGUGGACUGGAGCAGCAGUUUUUGAGGGCCGAGGUAUCUGGACUGGAUCACUCUACGAAUGGGUUGAAGGGGGCGACUAUUGACAACAACACAUGCAGUGAAUCAGUGGGUGAAGAGGAUGCUGACGUCCUGAAGAAAAAGGCUUCUAAAGCAAGACUCAAGCUUGACAAGCUCAAGCAUAGCAAGUGGACCGGCACCAUGCACAGUCUUCAGCAGUACGUCAGUAAACUCUUUGCUACUCCGGAUCUGGAGAUGACUGCGCAGUCUUGUUUGGAUGUGAUAAAAGGUGGAUGCAAAGUCUUCAGCAAGAUCGAUCUCAAGUCUGGCUACCACCAGAUUGAAGUCGAACCUGCAGACCAGCACAAGACCGCAUUCAAAAAUCGCGAUGGGCUGUACGAGUUUAUAGUCAUGCCCUUCGGUCUCACGAAUGCGCCAGCCACCUUUCAAAGUCUCAUGGAUAAAGUGUUUCGCACUCAGAUCAAUCGAUUUGUUGUUGUAUAUCUGGAUGACAUACUAACCUUCAGCAAAUCGAUGGAGGAGCACAUGAGGCACCUUGAGGAAGUAAUGCAGAUCCUCAAGGACGCGCAACUCCAUCUCAACUUGGAGAAAUCAGAGUUUGGGAGGGACAGCGUCAUCUACCUUGGACAUCGGUUGUUUGCUGCAGGCCGAGAGCCCGAGGCAACCAAAGUUGAGGUCAUCCGAAAGUGGCCUCAACCUGCGAAUGUCCGCAAGUUGCGUUCUUUUCUUGGUCUUGCGUCGUACUACCGUAAGUUCGUGCCUAAAUUCUUUAUCACCGCCCGUCCGUUGUCUAAGCUAACAAGCAAGAAUGUGUCCUACACAUGGAAUGAAGAAUGCACGACAGCCUUUGAAGCACUUAAAGAGGCCUUGUAUAUGACUUGCCUUGUGGGUUCCUACGACCUGCGUAAAGAUCUAAAGGAGGAACUCAUCGAGCAUAUUGCCAAGGACCCGGAACUCGGUCCCAUCCUUGAGCAGAUUCGGGCUGACCCUAGCAGUCAGUCUGAUUUCCAUGAAUGUAAGAGCCUACUCUUCCGACGCUACGGUAAGCAUGACCGGUUGUGUGUACCCAACCAUGAGCCGAUCAUCACUCACUUCUUGGAUUUGGCUCAUGGCCGGAGUGGACAUUUCGGUGUUGAGAAGACAUACGGGAAUCUGUUGGAAAAGUUUGUGUGGACUGGUAUGAAAAGAAUGGCGCAAAGAUUUGUGGCUGAAUGUGAAGUUUGUCAACGCAUUAAACCGUCUCGGCAGAAGCCUUACGGGCUGCUGCACCCUCUUCCUAUUCUUGACGGCCCGAGGGAGUCUGUUUCUAUUGACUUCAUGGACAUGGGGAAGAAGAGCAGAAACGGUUAUUCCCAAGUUAUGGUGAUUGUCGAUCGUUUUUCGAAGUUUUUGAAUCUGAUCCCACUACCACCUCACGCCCCAACUGACCUUGUGAUCAAAGAGUUUCACAAAAGAUACAUUCUGCAGUGUGGGCCCCCGAAAACUCUUGUGAGUGACCGGGACACUAGGUUCAUAAGCGCAGAAUGGAAGGACUUCACCUCCCAGGUUUAUGACAUGAAACUCAAGAUGACAUCUGGUCGACAUCCCGAAGCCAAUAGACUGGCCGAGGAGAUCAACCAGACUGUGAUCCAACUUCUCCGAGCCUUAAUUGUGCCUGAUCAGAACUCUUGGGAUGAGGAAUUGCCGAUCGUGCAAGGGUUGUACAACAACUCCAUCCACUCCUCCACCGGGAUGACGCCUAACCGGCUGCAUCUUGGAUGGAAAAUUCGCAAUCCUCUAUCCUACCUGUUCCCUGAACAGCCUCCUGGUCUAACACCUGGCCAGCCAGGCUACAACGCUAAGUAUGAUCGGUUGCUCAAGGUUGCUGUCGCAGCUAUGGAAAGGCGACGCAGUGCCAUGAUUAAACAUGCUAACAAGAAGCGCCAGCCUGCACCAUUCACAGUGGGAAGUUAUGUCUGGGUCAAAAUGUCUGAGUUUUCUGAAGAAGAAGGUGUAUCACGAAAGCUUCUUCCUCAGUACUACGGUCCGUGGCAGGUCUUGAACCAGGAUCGUAACACUAAACAGCAUGAUAUUGAAUACAUCUGACACAAGAGAGACGCAGACUUCUCAUCAGGACUUUUUCAGGAGAAAACGAACCAAUGAAUAUCUUUUUCAGGG